AUGAUGAAUUCUUCCCUUAGUGUUGAUUAUAAGGAGACCUUUGCUCUAGUUGCUAAAAUGAACACAGAUUUGUUAUCUGUUGCUCUUCAAGCGAAGUCAGACUCCUCCUUGUUUGUUCGAAAUGGCAAGGCUGGCAAGUUGGUUGUUCUAGUGUAUGUGGAUGACUUAAUCAUCACUGGAGACAAUAUGGAUGAGAUUAAGUCUCUCAAGGCAACCUUGCACAAUACCUUUGCCAUCAAAGAUCUUAGACCAUUGAAGUACUUUCUUGGAAUUGAAAUGGAUCAAUCCUCAAAUCGUAUAUUCUUAAAUCAACGAAAAUAUGUUGUUGAUCUUCUUGAUAAGGCAGGAAUGAUGGAUAGUAAGCCUGCACGCACUCCUCUUAGUAGCAGACUUAAAAUAGAUGUUGAAGGAGAACCUCUCUCAGAAAUUUAUGUUUAUCAACGCCUUGUCAGUAAGCUCAUCUAUCUUACCAUUUCAAGACCAGACCUCACUUGUGCUGUGAGUUUGGUCAGUCAAUUCAUGCACUCCCCUACCACUCAUCAUCCACAGAUUGUCAAAAGGAUUCUUAACUACUUAAAGACCACAGUUGAUCGAGGAAUUGUUAUGAAGAACAAUGGUCACUUCAACCUUGUGGGCUACUCAGACUCUGACUAG